UUGAUCUAAACUAUACCUCACCUCCACCCCCUCACCCGCUACUUAUUUUGGAAAUUUCGGUCUUCAAUUUUUGUUUUAAUUCUUAUCUCAGAGACAGCUGGAAUGACUGGAAUUAAUUAGUGACACAUUUCGAAAAAAGCGGCAUGAACGUUAACCUGAUAAACUCAUACAAGUCCACCUUCCAGCUAUAUCAAGACUGAGAAGUUUUAAACGGUUUUUCCAAAAACUUCAAAGACAUGUGUGGCAAUGUGAACUUUAAACAGAGAAUGCAGAAACAAAGAAAGGUUUAAGAGAACAAAUAAUCAAAACCACCACAAGCGGUUUUGUUCACUACCAUAUUUGUUGUAAAGAACACAGAUGACGGAGGAAAUCAUGGCUUGCUAUGGAGGCGGUUGUUAUGGCAACGACCCUUUAUACUUUGAUUCACAGGAAGAGGAAAGACUAGCGCGAAUGCGCAAUAAACAACUCACGAAAGCCUUAAAGGAAUACCGACACCAAGAAUUAAAGAAACUGAAACUUCUGUUGCUAGGGACGGGGGAAUCAGGGAAGAGCACAAUCACCAAACAGAUGAGAAUUAUUCACAUAAACGGCUUCGAUACCAGGGAGCGACAAGGAAAGAUACUGGACAUCCGGCGGAACAUCAAGCAGUCCAUUGUGGUGAUCCUGGGCGCCCUAGAACAGCUCGCCAUCUCACUGGAGCACGAGAGCAACGUUAAACGCAUGCACAACAUCCUACAGGAGGCUAGCUCACAGGGGGACGCUGCACUCACAGAUGAACUUCUGGCCGACAUCGAGGUGCUUUGGCGGGACGCGGGUGUCCAAGAAUGCUAUUCACGGUCGUAUGAGUACCAGCUCAUAGAUUCAGCAAAAUACUUCCUGGACAAAGUGGAGGAGAUCCGGCGGCCGGACUACCUGCCCUCCGACCAGGACAUCCUGCGCUGCCGCGUACUAACCACCGGCAUACAUCACAUCGAGUUUGACGUGCACGACGCCGGACAUCCCGUCUCCUUCAGUGUGUUUGAUGUGGGUGGGCAGCGGGGCGAGAGGCGGAAGUGGAUCCAGGUAUUCGACAGUGUGGUCGCCAUUUUGUUCCUCGCUGACGUCAGCAGCUACGAACAAACACUUAGAGAGGACCAGACGAAAAACCGCUUCAUGGAAGCACUCGAGAUAUUUGAACAAGUUUGGAAAAAUAGAUUUCUGAAGAACGUGUCCAUCCUUCUGUUCAUGAAUAAGAUGGACGUGCUAGCGGAGAAGAUCCAGCGUGGUCGGAGCAUUAGCGCAUUGACCGACAAAUAUCCGGAGGUUUUCCCCAAUUAUGAGAAGUUUAUACCAUCUAGCUCCGAGAAGAUAGAGUUUCUGGACAGUUAUUACAAGCCCGAGGGGGACGGGCGUAAACGCCGUAACUCCCGAGGCUCUAAGUCUGCUGACGUCAAUCCGGACCUCAUAAAAACCGCCGUCUACGUGAAACACAUAUUCAUGAAAAUCGUUAAGGGAGAAGUUGUUUUAAAUCCAACCGUGCAAAAGAUUAGCAAAGACUGGCACCAAAACCACAGUUGUGAAUACUUCUACACAUGCGCAGUGGACACGAACAAUAUACAACGUGUACUAGAUGGGUGCAGGACGCUCAUCAUCAGAAAACAUCUUGAACGAUUUGGCAUUAUCUAAAAGACUUCACGUAGAAAAGUGUCCAUCUUAUAUAUACAUGUCUAGAUGUGUACAGAGUCUACCAUGCUGUAAGUCCAAAUACUCGACGGAGGAAAAUGACAAUGCUUCUUUGAGAGUAAUUUAUUAGCUGAUUAGAAGAUUUAAACAAAGAUUCCAGUAUUUUGUCAACUGUAAGAUUGGUAAAUAUCGGUUAAUUCAUGGACACUUUUUAGACAAUGCUUACUUGAAAAUGUCUUUAAAUUCUCUUGACAUGGAACGAGAAAAUGGAAUGUAGACAAAAUAAUAGUGCAGUUGUGUAGAACAGAAAUCUGACUGUAUCGACAUUCAUAAGCGAAGGGAAAGUGUUGUCGUAGAAUGGCAAUUGUAUGGAAUCCCCCAUUUUGGAAUAUUAUAGUUUUGUUAAUAGUGCGCCUUUCAA